CAAACAAAAAAAAGCAGAGAGAGAGAGUCAUGGAGGAGAUUACAGUUGAGAAUACCAACACCACCAUCACAGCCAUGGACGAUGUGAAGAACGAGAAGCUUGAGGCCAAGAUUGAGGGUCCGAAAAAGAACAGAAUUCAAGUUUCUAACACCAAGAAACCCCUCUUUUUCUACCUCAAUCUCGCCAAGAGGCUCAUUAAGCAGCACAACUUCAUUGUGCUCUCUGCCUUGGGUAUGGCUAUACCCACUGUCGUCACAAUUGCUGAGAUUCUGAAGACCAAUGGACUGGUUUUCGAGAAACAAGUUUUGACAUCCACUAUUGGCACAAAGGAUGAGGCAAAAGGUCGCAUAGUUCAAAAGCCUAAGAUUGAAAUUGUGUUGGAGAAAAAUGAGAAAGUCGAAAAUCUGAAGGCCGCUACUGGUACAACACCAAAGAAGGCCGCUCCUGCUCCUGCUCCUGCUCUUGCUCCUGCUGAUGCAAAUACUAAGGAGGAAUGACAAAUUAGUAACCAAAGAGGGGUUAGAUUCUGUGAAUCUGAGUAGGAGAUGUAUCCAAGAGCGGCUGGGUAUAGGUAGGCAAGACCAGUUAGAGCUGCCGCUGUCUCUAAUUGGAACUUUUGCAUUUAUAUGUUUUCUCUUGUCACUCAUUUUUCCUUUCCAAAGUAUUGUUAACAUCAAUUUCAAUCUGGCUUGUUCAUUUUGGCCAUCAAUUAGUACAUGUAAAACUGCAUGAUAUAAGGAUACAAUCUACAGAUUUAUUUUGUACCUCUUUCAGGUUACAAUCUACAGAUUCAUUUUGUACCUCUCAGGAUACAAUCUACAGUUUCAUUUUGUGCC